CUCGCAGCACAUCCUCGAGCCGGUCACUCGCUUCCAUAUCACUGUGCACCGCGCCAGCGCUCGAGCUCCAGCGACACAGCGCGCGCUCGGAAUUUUGUUCCACUUGGCGGACGGAAAUGUGAUUUUCUUGCUUUAAAUACUGCAAAUAAUUUUAAACUGAAGACGAGCGAAGGUUUUUUUUUAUUUGUAGCAGCGGGACAAGCUCGGCGACACCGGGGCACAGAGCGGGGAUAAGCGCGAGGCUUCAGCUUAUUAUAACCCAGGACACUGGACAUUAUUCCUGCACGAGAGGACGGUACUUUGGAUUACUUUGACACACACUUUGUGAUUGGAAUACACCACAAAUUUAACUACAAUAAGGUGUCUUCUGUUUCUCAGCAUGUCGCUUUUCUAUAGUAUAUGAUCCAACCCUUACACUGCGCUCAGCGGAUGCAUGCACUUCUGUGCGCUUUGUGCAGAUUGUAGCAACGGGAAAAGCAGUAACCUGUAGCAGAAUAGCAAAAUAAAAUAUUCUAGGAAGCAUUUAUUUUAGUUAUAAUUAACCCCACAACUUAUCUAUCAUUGUCUCGGACCGAGCUCUGCUCCUUUUUGAACUCAGAGAAACCUGCGAAGCCCAGAUCAGGAUCAGGAUGCAUCACAGCUGAAACCACGAGUCCGGGACUUUGGUGUUGAAAUCAGAUCGGACGGACCUCCGCCCCUGUCCUGGAGCAGGACAGGAGUCGAAUCAUGAUGAGUCCUUGCAGUGCGAUGUUGAUGCUGCUCCCGGUGCUAUGCCUGCUCUCUGGAGCCUCCUGGGCAGCGACCCUGGGCGGGCAGGGAGACAACGUUCUCCAUCUGGGUGAGCUUCAGGGUGUGGCCAACUUUAGCACCCUCCUACUGGACAAUUCAUCAGGCAUGUUGUUCCUGGGUGCCAGGGAUGCCAUACUGGCUGUCAACACCAACAACCUGAAACAAAAACCACAAAAGAUUGUUUGGGAUGUGCCAGAGGAGAAGAGGAAGUCCUGUGUGGCAAAGGGAAAAACAGAGGUCGACUGUAAAAACUACAUCCGUCUGCUGGAGUUUCUGGGUGAUGGACGCAUCUACGUGUGUGGCACCUACGCCUUCGACCCCCAGUGUGCCUUCCUGGAGCUCUCCUCCUUCACCCUGGAGAAAGCAGAGGAUGGAGGGGUGAAGAUGGAGACGGGGAAGGGCAAGUGUCCCUUUGAGCCCAGUCAGCACUACACAGCUGUUAUGGCAGGUGGUACCCUUUACACAGCAGCCACCAGCAACUUCCUGGGAACACUGUUUGAUAUCUCCCGGGCAACGGGCCCUGAGCAGGAGCGCAUCCGAACCGAGCGAUCCAUCAACUGGCUGAGUGACCCAGAGUUUGUGAGCUCAGCCUUUAUAAAGCAGUCCGCAGACAACAACCCGACAGGAGACGAUGACAAAAUCUACUUCUUUUUCACUGAGGUGGCCAAAGAGUAUGACCUUUUCACCAAAGUCAAAGUGCCCAGGGUGGCACGAGUCUGCAAGUCUGAUGUGGGAGGGAUGAAGACUCUGCAGCGGCGCUGGACCACCUUCCUCAAGGCCCAGCUUGUGUGUGAGGACAAACCCAGCGGUCAGCGCUACAACAUCCUAACUGAUGUUUUCACCACAGAGCACACACCAGGCGACCCCAGCAGCACACACUUCUACGGACUAUUCACCUCCCAGUGGGAGCGUGAAGAGUUGUCAGCAGUGUGUGUUUUCAGUCUGUCUGACAUAAGCAAAGUUAUGGACGGUCCCUUUAAAGAGCUGAAGAAGACCUGCGAGAACUGGAUCAACCCUGAACCUGUCCCUACACCAAGGCCUGGCCAGUGUCUGAACAGUGCGCUGAAGGCUGAAGGGUUUGAGUCCUCCCUGAAACUUCCUGACAAGGUGUUGACCUUUGUGAGGGACCACCCCCUGAUGGAGAACAGUGUUACUGCAGCACCCUUACUGGUGCGGAAGGGGAUGAGAUACACCAAGCUGGCUGUAACACAGAAGGGUGGCGCAGAGGAGAUGACGAGAGCAGUGCUCCACCUUGGAACUGACCGUGGGGAGCUCCACAGGGUGGCAGUAGUGGGCCAGAACGCCACCUUACUGCAGGAGAUUCCUCUGUUCACCGCACAAGAGCCUGUCAACAAUAUACUUCUGCACAAGGGCCAGGCUCUGGUGGGCAGCCCUCUGUCUCUGGCUCGUGUCCAGGCUGAAGGCUGCGCUCUGUAUCCCAGCUGUGAGGUGUGUGCCAAAGCCAGAGGACUAGGUUGUGUGUGGAUGGAGGGAGCCUGCAGGCCAACAACAGAUGAGCCUGGUCCAGGGGAUAUGAUAGAUGAUGCCUUGAGAAAGUGUGAUAUAGGAGAGGGGCGCUGCAACCCAUCCAUGAGGGAGCUGCGAGUUUCCAAGGGAUUGCACCUCCUGUUGCCAUGUGUCCAGCUGUCUCCCCGGCCCUGUAGCUGGGAGCAUCCUCCCCACAGACAAACCAGGCAGCGCCACUCUGACCUGGAGGUGACUGUCACAGAGGACAGCCUGGGGAAAUAUAUCUGCACAUGCCAGGAGGCGGGGCCGGGUAUCAGAGAGCCCACCCCCUGCCGCAGAGCAGCCUAUCAUCUGACACUAGAAGACCCAAGUGUAGAAGGAACAGUGGCGACAGCAGGAGGUCGUCACGUCCUGGCCAUCUACAUCCUUUUCUUCAUCUUGGGUUUAGCAUUGGGCGUAUUUCUCCUCUACUUCCUGAAGCAUCGACGCAGCAUUGCCCGCCAGGGUCACCACCUGCCAGAUAAUUCGCUGUCAUCCGAGAAAGGACGGGAUUUGCUGGGCUCCUCAGCCACGCCACAGAGUCCUAGCAGUGCCAGCCUGAUGUCCGAGGGAUUCAGAUUGACAGAAAAACGUAACGGGACGGCGACCACUAACACGACUACAACGCUCCUUAGCAACCAGGGUAAUGGUGGUCACCAUGGCAACAACUACAGUGGCACCCUGGUCCACAGCAACCCCAGCAAUGGCCAUGGGAAUGUCCUGUACGCCAACAACACAAGUGGCAGCGGGCUGAAGUUCACCUCUGAAAUUUUAGCUGCAGACUUGCUGGAUGGAAGGACGGGGGAGAGGGUGAGGGUGAGGCCUGAGGGGGUAGAGAGGGAGUCAGGGGAGGGGGACGAGGUGGACGAGGGGCUGGGGGACGGGUUGGGGGAUGGAAUAAAAGGACUGGAGGAGGAGUUGGCCAGCUUUCCCAUGUUUAAAUCACAAGCACCACUGGCUAAGUGUGAAGAAAGUUCAAUAUGAAGAGGUGAUAUAAAUAUACUAUUGAUUGCACCGUUUUGCAUCCUCUAAAAAACUGAAUGAUACCAGGAGGGAUACAAAAUGACUACUGCCAGAUGCCUUUGAACGGGAGCCGUGGCAUGAAGAGAGACUACAGAGAUAUUUGAGAAAUAUAUGAUAAGUUUAUGUCUAAGCAUGUGAGAGAGAAAACAUGUUACAGCGUUGUGAGUCACACAGGACGAGAGCCACAGCUAAAUAAAUGUGUCAGAUGUAAUAUAAAUGUAAAUAUAAGCAGUCUGAACAUUAGAUUGUGGAUACGCAGCCAAGUGUGAUAUUGCGCAAUUUAAAUGUUAAAAAAAAUCAAAGAUGAAAUGCCUACAUGUGUAGACACUGAAAAGCCAUAUUGUCUUUCUCCUUAACUUCUGUUGUUGUUGUUUGCGCUCUCAUUCUCUUCUCCUGAUGGCACUGCAAAAGUAAAGUGCACUUUGAAUCUCUCAGCACCUCUCUCUCGACUUCUAUCCCUCUCUCUGACACACCACUCAGAUCCCAGACCUUGACGGGUCCAAAGGCACCAAAGGACUGCUGAGCCAUAGAGACUGCACCGGUCCUGGGCUUCAAACAGAGACAUGUCACUGUCAGAGACUAAAGUACCAUAAAGAGAGUUCCUCAGAUGGGCUACAGUGACUGUGACGGGGCUGUCCCUGCCUACACUGCCGCAGAGGUCAAGGAGAUGAUCUGUGUCAGUGUGGAAAGCUCAAGAUGCACAGCAGAUGCAAGUAACUGACAGCUGCUCAGAUCUGACACUGUUCACCUUCACAGUUACUGAAACAAAAGGCAAAUGAUUUUCAAAAGGAUGUGAAAUUCAUUUUGCAUAGAAUGGACCUUACCAGACACAAUGCCACCAUCACCUCGUUUUGUGAGUGUGGAUUUCAACUUUAAAAAUGUAUUGUUUUUGUCAUGUUGUUUUGU